UUAAUACGCCAUUAACAAUUAAGGCUAACUCGUUACUUCCAGAGCGGGUUUAAAUUCUUCAAAGUUGUUGUUGAUGCAGCAACGGUUUUUUUGUGUUCCACUUGCAUGGAAGAAUCUGGAAAAGUCUUCAAAACAGCAACAAAAAACGGAGGAUGGACAGGGAUGCUGACGGAAGGGACUAAGGCUCCAUGUGAAGGCUUUCUUUUAGAACAGAGAAACUACAUCUGGACUGCUCACAUGUGGCGGUUGUGGGUGCGCACUGCAGCUACUACUGGAUACAUUUCCCCCCCCCCCUCCUCCUCUUAACUGCUGCCACGGCACUACCACGACAUUACCACAACAAUCACGUGAAAUGGAACCUGUAACAUCUGUACACGCUCUAAGUGCAGAGGAGGCCAUCUGAGGCUGCGUGUGAGCCAGGGAACUGGACUGGACUGUGGUGUUUCGUGGAGGAGGUGGGAGAAGAGGUGGAGGAGGGAGAACUGAGGGGACAGCUGGACAGAUGGAGGACGGCACCCAACAACUGGGACACUGCAUGGUUGACAUGAAGGAGCUGAGUGCCAACCCUGAAGGACUGACCGCUGCCGGUGUUUUUCUAACACCCAAGCUGCCUCAGGUGGAGUUCAGCCUUGCCUGCAAUGAUCUGGUGGCCUCAGGCAGAGACAGGAAGCCCAAUGCGUUGGUCCAGGUGGCUGUCAUAGAUCCCCACAAGCAGCAUCUCGUCUCUCAUGCCUGCACAGAGAUAGUGGAGGCGAACAAAGACCCGCUGUUUCUGACAGGGGUGACCUUCCCUUCAGAGUAUCCUGGUAGCCCGGAGACACUGGUCAAGCUAAGUGUGUAUGAUGCAAAGGACAAGAGCCAGGAAUCAAGCAGCUUCCUGGGUUGUGCCACAUUUUCUGUAGGUGAUCUGCUGAGGGCUAAAGAUGAACGACUGACCUUAAGUCUCAGGUCGUCUGAUGGUGUGUGCGCAGCGGGAACGGUGGUGGUAAGUCGUCUGAAGAUGGGGGAGAUGGAGGAGGUUGACGUAGACCACAUCACCACUGACAUACCAUCACACAAGUGUCCCUUGGUUUGUGAGUCUGCAUCCCACGCCUGCAUCGACAGAGAAAAUAACCCACUGACAGGGCCAGUGUUCAAGAACCCAAUAUGCAAGGUGUACAGAUUUCAAACAGUGGACAGCAAGUGGAUGCUUGUGCGGGAACAAAUGGAGGAGUGCACGUUGUCCUUUAGCAUCCCCAAACAGCUGCUCUCACUGUAUAUUCAGGAGGACCUAAGCAGGGUGCAGGACCUGAAGGAGCUGGGGGAGCUUUCUCCUCACUGGGACAACUUAAGAAAAGAGGUGAUGACACGAUACGGAGGAAUCAUCAGCUCCUACCAAGAGACUUUGGCUGAACUGGACAAGAUUACUGGUCAUUCAUUCAAGCCAAGCUGCUGCAAAGCCCAGAAAUCUCUGGAGUUCAUCCCAAUAAACUUGCACACCCAGCGGAUGAGGGUGACGUGCCCCAGAAAAACAGAUGCAUUCUAUGACGUUGUCACUGUCGGUGCGCCUGCUGCCCAUUUCCAGGGGUUCAAGUGUGGUGGUCUGCAGCGUCUCCUUAGCAGAUAUGAAGCAGAGAAAAAGAGCUUCAGCACUGCCUACCAGUGUAUCUACUACUCCCCAGAGCACACAGCCAAAGCUCAGGAGGUACUCAGCACCGUGAGCCUCCUCCAGCCCCUCAUCACAAGCUUAGCGGACCAGCUCCUCCAGGCUGCCCAGGAGCACUCUUCCCCUGGACUGAGGGAUGCACUCAAGAACCUUUCUGACAAGACAGAACAAUUUGUUCACACGCUUAAGGAUGAAUUGGUCAAGAGUGCACUACUGGCACUGCAUGCAGCGCAGCCCGGAUACAUUUCCAAGAACCAGAAGCAAACCCCGGUGCAGGGAGGCCAACACCAAGGCCACAUCCACCGGGGCAGUGACCAGAAUCAGAGCCCAGUCCAGGGACUUCCAGGCCACAGUCCAGCCACGUCCAUCACUGACAGCACAGCAGUGUGUAAUAACGUGGAAGGAUCCCAAACCACGACUAGAGGCGAAGGUGGGCCGCUGAAGCACCAAGACUCCAUACCACACCAUAAAGAGUAUGACGAGGAGGAAUGGGAUAGGGUGUGGGCCAACGUUGCCAAAUGUCUCAACUGUGUAAUCGCCAUGGUGGAUAAACUCCAGGAAGAAGACAACAACAAGCAGGAGCCAGUCCCUGAGCAGCAGCUCGCUGAUGUCAUCACCUCACACAACCCGGGUGACUGGAGGGAGCAGCUGCGUCCUCUGGUGACCAGGUUAAAGGAGUGUGUGAUGGAGGUGGUGGAGAAGGCAAAGAGAGCCAUGACUUUUGUGCUCCUGCAGGAGGCAGCCUGCAGCAUUCCACAGGGCUUCCUCCUCCAACAGAGGCGAGAUGUGGUCUUCAGUCAAGCACUCGCAGCGUUAGCCUGUGGUUUUGUCAUGAGGCUGUAUGCAGGAAUGCAGGAUCAAGGCUUCCUGAGGCAACUCCACCUAGUUGGCCUGGUUGCCCAGUUUGAGAGUCUGCUCAGCACCUACAGUGAGGAGAUCGGGAUGCUGGAGGACAUGGAGGUUGGAAUCUCAGACCUGCAGAGAGUCACGUUCCAGAUUACAGAAGCUAAAACAGAUGAUCUUAGUGACCUCCAGCCUUUAGUUUGUGGCCGGCGAGACCACUUCACAGUAGAAGUGCCAUUACCACGACUGGUUUUCCAGACCUUGCCAGAGGAGAUCAAGGAGGGCAAGCCUCUACGAGUAUUCCCGGUGCUGUUUAACGUGGGCAUCAAUGAACAGCAAACAAUAGCAGAGAGGUUUGGAGAUAUCUCUCUACAAGAAAGAAUAAACCAGAGGAACUUUGAGAUGUUAGAAGCCUAUUACAAAUCAUUAAGUGAACAGGUGCCACUAGAAUGUCUACCAUGUUUUCAGACACCAACUGACAUAAAGGAAUUACUUGAAACCCUGGGCCAGAAUGUAGUUACAAAGAAGAGAAAGAAUGUGGAGAUACUGUGGAUUGCUGGAACAAUCUGCCGAAGGUUAAAUGGCAUCAGGUUUACCAGCUGUAAAAGUGCCAAAGACCGGACAUCCAUGUCUGUCACAUUAGAGCAGUGUGCCCUCCUACGUGACGAACACCAGCUCAGCAAGGAUUUCUUCAUCCGUGCUCUGGACUGUAUGCGGAGAGAAGGAUGUCGGAUUGAGAACGUUCAAAAGAAUAUUAAAUGCAGGAAAUACGCCUUCAACAUGUUGCAGCUGAUGGCCUUUCCCAAGUGCUACCGACCACCAGAGGGAACUUACGGCAAAGUUGACUCUUGAGGACGUAAGCCAUGUACUGUAAAACCAGUCAUUGUGUGUUACCCAAGUAGUAACUAUGAAAGCUUAUACAUUAUGGUUAAAAUGUUUUAUUGUUGUUUAUUGUAACCAAAAUGACUUCUUGGAUUUUGCUUAUAGUGUGUGUUCAUCGAUUCCCAAGCUGGAUUUGCCAAACGUGUUAUUGUAAAAUUCAUGCACUUUCCAAGUAUUGCCUUGUUUAUUUUUUCAUGGCCUAAGCAGUGCAACUGUGUUGCCAAACCACAGUUUGAGUGUUUGUGUGGCUGUGCAGUAUGUUAACGAUUUGUUUUAAGACGUUAAGCAGUUCAACCUGCAUUUGUGUGCAUGAAGAAUUUUGUGUGUGUGUGUGUGUGUGUGUGUGUGUGUGUGUGUGUGUGUGUGUGUGUGUGUGUGUGUGUGUGUGUGUGUGUGUGUGUGUGUGUGUGUGUGUGUGUGUGUGUGUGUGUGUGAUAGAGAGAGAGACAACAGUAUUAACUAAAAUGUUCACUUACUACCUUUUCUGAGCUAUUUUAGAGGUGAUUCAGUAAAAACUUCGACUUGAGAGUAUUUUUUUGUUAAAUAUGCUGUUCCCAAGGUCGAGAAUAAACUUCCAUGCUACAGUGAUUUUUUGUGGUAUAAACCCCUCUCUACAAUGACUUGGAAACAAUGACUUGUUUAUAGCCUAAUUCCAUGUUUGUUUAUAGCCUAAUUCCAUGUUAUGUCUGUACAGGAAUUUGUCCAUUUCUGCAGUUCUUGAUCAGCUGAUCUGUACAUUUUUAUGGCAUCACAUAUUCAGCUCUAAACUUUUCCUAUAUUGUUUUUGACUGUUGCAGACAUUUUCAUUCAUUUGUAAUAAGUAACAUACCAGUAUUUCAAUGCAUAUGUUGAAUCCUGUUUUCUAACUCAUUCCAUUCUCUUAAUGGUUGCACUUAAUCUUUUUCCAUAAUCUUUUUAUAUCUCAAGGUACAGGCCAGUGAAACCACAUGAGGUACAGUUGGAAGUUGGAAUAAAAUUAGAAUAUUGGACCAUCAUUUCUGAAUACUAUAUAUAAAAUUCAAAUAUUUAUUUUUGUAUUCUUAAACAAUUUUCUUUUAUUCUAAGGGUUGAUACCUUGGACCUUAAUGCGUGUUUGAAAUGUAUUUGUUGUGUUGUACAUUGGAUAUUUACAAUUGUCUAUUUGAAAUAAAAUAAAAUAAUGGAUUGAUAUUUGUGAUUGUAUGAUGAUAUGUGUUCAAUUUCAAAGGUGUGCGUUUAAUGGAACAAGUAAACUACUACAGUUAAAUUAGUCAUGAUUGAUCAUUCAUCAUUAUUUAAUCCAUGUGUUGUAUUAAAAACAUUACCAACUAGCAAGAUAUAUUCAAUUAAAACUAACACUCAAAGGGA